AUGGCCAAGAAAACUCCCUACUCCUGGAAUCCAGUGCAAACCUCUGCAAGUCUAGGAGGACCUCCACUUCAGAUUGAAGCACCAUCCAUCAACAGGGUUCGAGAGUUCAAAACAAACUUGGAAAGAUGUGAAACUCAAAUGCAAGAAAAAGUCAAUCAGAUUGCCGCCAGAAUGGAAUUAUUUGACAAGUUCAAGGUCUGA